UCUGAACAAACAAAAGCUGCUUUCGCUUUUGCAGCCUGGAAGACGACUUUGGCUCUUCUUUAUCAGAGAACCCAGCAAAGACCAGAGGAGUUUUUAAAGCGGAAAAGGAGACUCUUGCACGACAGCCAAUCACCCAAAUCCACAUGGUGAAUUUACAGGCUCUGUGGAUUCUUCAGCCCCUCAAAGCCCACUUGGAUCAGGAAUGAUCAACUGACUUAUCGGAAAGAGCCAUGGGUGGUAAAAACUCAACUCAACAAGGGCUGAAUGUUAAUGAAAAAAACACACUUGACAUUGCUGUCACAGGGGUGCAGGGUGCCGGUAAAUCAUCCCUUGUCAAUGCCCUGCGAGGUGUCUCAGAUUUUGAUGAAGAUGCAGCUGAAACUGGUGUGAAACAACCUACAUUUCAGCCAGUGGGUUACCCACAUCUUGCCUUUCCAGAUGUGACAAUAUGGGUCCUACCAGGAAUUGGGGCGCCUGAUUUUAAACUAGAGGAAUAUCUACAAAACGUAAAUUACAGCCAGUAUGAUUUCUUCAUAAUUGUUGCUUCUGAUCGUUUCACUGUCUAUGACAUCCAGCUGUCCCACGCAAUUCAGAAAAUGAAGAAGCCGUUCUAUUAUGUGCACUCCAAAAUGGAUGCCAGAAUGAAGACUGAAAAACUAAAUCCAGGCUUCAGUGAGGAAGCAACCCUUCAGCGAGUUAGGAAAUAUUGCCUUGAUAACUUAGUGGAGGCUGGUAUUGUUCCUUUGCAGGCUUUCCUCAUCUCUAGUUGGUACCCAGAUAAGUAUGAUUUCCCCCUCCUGCAAAGGUCUUUACAGAAUAAAAUUGAAGAACUCAGGAAGUGUAUCUUAAGACCAGCUGCUCUGCAAGAUUCUGAAAACAGAAGCCAUGACAGAUCAGCCCAUCAAAGUCUGAAUGUGCUGAACAUCGCUGUCACAGGGGUAUCAGGUGCUGGUAAAUCAUCCUUUGUCAACUCCCUGAGAGGGCUGACGGAUUUUGCCGAGGAUGCUGCACCAACUGAUGUAAUAGAGAGAACAAAAGAGCCGAAGGGUUAUCCACACCCCACCUUUCCACAUGUAACAAUAUGGGACCUACCAGGGAUUGGGACACCUACGUUUAAAGCAGAGGACUAUCUAAAAAAGGUAAAUUACAGCCAAUAUAAUUUCUUCAUCAUUGUGGCUUCAAAUCACUUCACUGAACAUGACGUCCAGCUGUCCUGUGCAGUUCAGAAAAUGGGGAAGCGGUUCUACUACUUGCGCUCCCAGAUGGAUGUCAGCAUUAAGAAUGAAAAAAUAAAACCCAACUUCAGUGAGGAAACAGCCCUUCAAAAAAUCAGGAAAUAUUGUCUUGAUAAUUUGGCGCAGGCUGGCAUUUCUUCAACACAGGUUUUCCUCAUCUCCAGUUGCUAUCGAGACAAGUAUGAUUUCCCCCACCUGCGACGGGUCUUAGAGAAUGAAAUGGAGGACUUUGAGAAACGUGCUUCAGCAGUGGAAGAGGAGAAUCGUGAGAGCUCAAUGGUACGAUUUCCAAGAAUUGGAAUUCACUAUUUCCUCGCAAAAGUAGCCUUCGUAUCAGACCUUGUGAAGCUGAAAGUCUGGAUGGCACAAAAAAGUGUUGAAGAGGUAAAAGCUGAAAUGUGUCAAGAAUUGGAAUCAUUAGAAAAUACGAAGCUUAAUAUUGCAGUCACAGGGGGUUCAGGUACUGGCAAAUCAUCCUUUGUCAACGCCCUGCGAGGCAUGACCGAUUAUGAUGCUGGUGCAGCCAAGACGGGAUCAGUGGAAACAACCAUGAAUACUAAUGAAUAUCCUCAUCCUUUAUUUCCAAAUGUAACUUUAUGGGAUCUACCAGGUGUUGGGACAAAGAAAUUUCAACCAAAGGACUACCUAGAGACGGUAAAUUUUAGCAAGUAUGAUUUCUUCAUAAUAGUUUCCUCAGAACGCUUCACUGUGAAUGACGCCAUGCUGGCCGAAGAAAUUCAGAAAAGGGAGAAAAAGUUUUACUUUGUGCGUUCCAAAAUGGAUGUCAGCAUAGCUUCUGAAGCUAAGAACCCCAACUUCGAUAUGGACAAAACAAUUGAGGAGAUAAGGACCUACUGCUGUGAGCAUUUGAAAAAGGAAGGAGAGGAUCCUCCAAAGGUUUUUCUCAUCUCCAGGCAAGAUCUGAGCUCGUACGAUUUCCCACUCCUGCAAGAGACCUUCGAAAAUGACCUGGAUGACCUCAAGAGACAAACUUUUAUUGCAUCUCUGCCAGUGUUCUCAAAAAAAGUCCUAAAAAAGAAAAAGGCUGCUAUGGAAGACCUUAUAUGGAAAGUAGCCACCAAAUCUUGUAGCAUUGCAAUGAUUCCUCUCCCAGGACUCUCUCUUGUCUGUGAUCUUGACAUCUUGGUAUCAACCAUGAAAUUUUUCUGCCAGGUCUUUGGCUUAGAUGAGGAUUGCCUACAAAGAGUUGCAAAACUGGGGAAAAAAGAUUAUAAUGUGUUGAAAUCGGCUAUCAAAAAAUCACCAUUGUCUAGCGAGAUCACUCCAGAAUUUGUAAAGGGUCUCUUAGAGAAGUCACUGUUGUGUUCAACUGUGAAGACAGCCCAAAUAGUCUUGGAUUUUAUACCUCUGUUGGGCUAUCUGGCUGGUGGACCCAGUUCUUUUAUUACGACAUUCCACAUGCUGAAAAAGUUCCUGAGAGACCUGGUAGAAGAUGCUGAGAAUGUUCAAGCAAAAGCCGCUGAGCCUUGACCAUUACAAUAUCAUCUCACAAAGAUCCAAGUUUGGAAGGUGACUGUCCCAGCACAAAAUGUAUGAACUGUGCACUGAAGCAUGAGAAAAUAUGGUUUGAAUAUCUUCUCAGAUGCUUAUUUUUUUUCCCCUUGCAGACAUAAGAAGAGCAUUGCUGGAUAUAACCAGUGGUCCAUUAAGUCCAGUAUCCUGUUUCAUAUAGCAGCCAAUCAGUUGUUUUGGAGAGCCAACAAACAGGUCAAAUGUGCCAAGGGCCUUCUUGAGCUCCAGUCUCCGAGCACGGGGGCGGGGGAUGGAGGUGUUUCAGAGGAUUGCAGCCUCUGAAUAGAGAAGUUCCUUUCAGUCGCUAUGGCUGGUAGCCAUUGAUAGACUUCUUCUCCAUGACUCUGUCUAUCUGAUACCUGGACAGAAGAAUAUAACUGAGCACCCUCAUGUGAAAUAAAGAACAUUUCAUAUUUAGAUGGUUCCAGAGGGAGGUUUUUUCAAUGCCUGUUUGAUGUAUGUGUAGAAGCUACAUGAUCUUUGAACCAUCUUUUGCCACGUCAUACUCCAAGCUAGCCAGUAGCUCAUUCUUAUAAUAUUGUUUCCUUUCCUUCGCACAUCAGAUCUUAACCUGUGACAAGCCAUCAAUCACCUGUGGCAAGCAAAUAUAAAAAAAAAUAUUUUAUCUUUAUUUCUUCAACUGUUAUCCUUUGCAUUUCAUCAAUAAGACUAACAUCUUGUGCCCUUUCUUUAUGUUUUUAUAUCCCUUUCUUUAUGUUUUUAUAUCCCUUUCUUUAUGUUUUUAUAUAAUUUUCUUUAAUGUUUUAUAUGCCUUCAAUUAUGUAAACAUAACCUGAAAUUGUAUCUUUUUUUGUAUUUCUUCUUUGUUUAUUGUACA